AUGGCCUGGAGAGGCAAUUUGGAUAGGCUCCCUACGAGAACUAAUUUAAGAAGUAGAAAUGUGGAGAUAACCUCGGUUCUAUGCCCUUUCUGCGACGAUUUCGAGGAAACGGUUGAUCACUUAUUCACUGCAUGCUCGGUGGCUAUGCGGGUGUGGGCGGCUUUCAGCGUUUGGUGCAACAUCCCGCCUUUGUUCUUUUUUGAGUUCAAAGACAUUUUAGACAUCCACAAGGUCAUUAAGAGGGGUAAGAAGGCGGAUAAGAUCAUUUACGGGCUGGGGAUUAUUACUUGCUGGUGCAUAUGGAAAGGGAGAAAUGAUGUGGUUUUUAAUCAGAUUAAAAGGAGUUCGCAGGAUAUCAUAGGGGAAAUAAAGUCGAGAGGGUUUUCUUGGGUUAAAAAUAGAUCCUCUUGUAAAUAUAUUAGUUGGGCAGACUGGUGUAAAUACCCUAUGUACAUGUUGUAA